AUGAACCCUCAUUUUGCUUCAUUCUGCUUGCAGUCUUGUUUGCUGAUCAUCAUCCUAGUAUCAACCUCGACAUCCAAGCCAGCAUUAGCUUUCUCCAUUGCUAGCCUCAGGAACUACCACCAGCUCGACCUCCCGAAUAACACAGUCGGCCCUGAAAGCGUUGCAUUCGACUGCCGUGGACAAGGACCUUAUGUUGGGGUUUCAGAUGGUAGAAUUCUCAAAUGGGAAGAACCUCUCAAGGGAUGGACAGAGUUUUCCUACACUUCCCCGAACAGGCAGAGGAAACUAUGCGAUGGCUCAACCAACAAGUUUAAUGAACCGAUAUGCGGAAGGCCUCUAGGUCUGAAGUUUAACCCCACAACGUGUGAGCUCUAUAUUGCAGACGCCUAUUUUGGGCUCCUGAAGACGGGGCCAAAUGGUGGCCGUCCUCAUCAACUUGCAAGUUCUGCAGGAGGAGUCCCCUUCCAUUUCUUAAAUGCUUUGGACGUUGAUAACGAAUCUGGAAUGGUAUACUUUACAGAUACUAGCCUUAUUUUCCAAAGAAGUGUUUGGAUACUGUCCAUCAUCUCCGCUGACAGAACUGGAAGGUUGAUGCAAUACGACCCUAGAACAAAGAAGGCGACUGUGUUGCUCAAGGGAUUAGCAUUUCCAGAUGGUGUGGCUUUAAGUAAGGACAAAUCUUUCCUCCUCUUAAUCGAAACCGGGACGCUGAAGAUCCUCAGGUUGUGGCUUCGAGGACCCAAAGCUAAUACCUUGGAACUCUUUGCUCAGCUAGUCGGGUUCCCAGAUAACAUCAAGAGAAAUGACAAUGGAGAAUUCUGGGUUGCGAUCAACAACGGGGUAGGAGGAUCAAUAUCUGCGACUCUGCUAGGAGAUCCUGUAGGAGCAAAGUUUGAUGAGGAUGGAAACGUUUUGGAGGUGUUGGAUGGAAAAGAUAGUGCUGCAGCCUUGCUUCAGUCUGUUAGUGAAGUUGAAGAACACAACGGAAUGCUGUGGAUUGGAUCGGCGCAGAAUUCAUAUGUUGGUGUAGGCUUGUAUUAAUCAACUAGAUAUGUACUACUAGUACUAGCGUGCAUGUUGCCAUGUUGGUUGUUACAUAAACCAGCUCAUCAUACAGUUAAGCAAGCAUAAGCAGUGUGGAAG